AUGGACAUCGGCACGUCUGUUUCUAGCAAUCAAAAUGCUUCCAGUGCACAACGAAAGUUUUAUCAGUGGGUACUCAAAUGGAUAACCGGCAUACAUGCGCAAAUUGACUGGGACAAUGAUGAAAUGCGCGAUAUUCGAUAUUCAACGAAGCCAGACGUACCAACGUUAGCCAGCUUUCUACAAGCGAUUGGAUUUAAACUGCUUUCGUUUGAAAAGUACAAUGAUCCACUUGUCUCGGGAAAGAAUGAUAAGAUCGAAACACCUGAGCAAGGAGUUCUCAGAGUUGCUAUCGAAUGUAAUAUUUCUAACAUGAGAGCAGUGUUAGAAUUAGGAGGAAUUGCAUGUAAAUGUCCUAAUCCUGAUCACAUUAAAGACGCAUCUUUUUGGAGUAUUAGUGGCACCGGACCUGUUGGAAGUACCGAUAAUAUUUCACAAAAAGUCGAAGAAACUGGUAGUACCCUAUUACCCCGUUUAUCAAAAGACGUUGUUCAACUAUUGCGCGAUGUAUCACAUAAAUUAUUCGACAUAAUUGUAUGCGAUCCGAAUGUCAAUCGUAAUACAGACAUUUUAAACGCUUCACAAGCAAAUAAUAUUUUUUGUGAACGUAAAGUUACAAAAAAAAUUAGUGUUACGCGAAGUCAUACACAACCGGAAAUGUGUCUUCGUACAGAUGAUAUGACUUUAGAAUGCGCUCCUAAGAAAAGAAGGAAAAGUAUAAAUUCCAAUCCAUUUAUAAGUCAUGUUACAUCCCCGAUACAAUCGCCUAAACCUACUUUAGAACGUCAGAAAACGUGGGAUAUCGAAACCGAAAGUUUAGAUAGUGAACCACGGCCAUCAUCUCCAAAGCUAGCGAGUUCUCCUACUGUGCUUUCUGAAUUAUCCACUCUUGCAGGAAAAAUUUCCCUACAAAGUGUAACCAUGAGUAAUAAUCUCAGAAAUAUAACUGAAUAUAUCUUAGGUGCACAUCAAAAUUUAGAAAAGGCUCUUGAAGUGUUGUUGGUCGAGAAACCAAAAAUUUUGAAUGACAUUUCACCUAUUCAAGAUAAUGAUGGCGCGUCUGUAAGGUCAGCACCGGCGAAUAUACCUCCUGCUGUCAUUGUCAGUCUUUGCCACAAGCCAAUUCGAUCAAAUACAGUUACAACUAUCAAAUCGUCAUCAAAAUUAAGUUGUUUGACGCGCGAGCAACAGACGCAAGCGAAAAAAAAUCCAACGAUAACACCGAGAGUGCGACGUAGUAUUGAACCAAUGCUUUCUAAAUCUACGACACGGAGAAACGUAAAUUCUGAUCAAGAGAAUGUAAAAUCCACGCUUCGUCGUAGAAGCUUUUACAGUUCUUCACCUGCUACUUCUAAUACCUCGUUGCUAAAAUCUUCGGAUGUAGGACAAAAAUUUUCAUCAAGUAGAAAAUACAGCACGAGUAAAGCAAAUCUCACGAUUAAUUCUGAUUUAUCGAGCAGAGAUUUAUUGAAAACAAAAAAGCUUGCAUCUCCUGAACAAGCUUCGUCAAAUUUGGAAACACUUAAAAGUACAAGUAGUCGUAUCUCAAUGCUUAAAUCACCUACAAAAAUUUCAAAAAUAGCAAAAACAACGAAAUCUACAAAGAUAAAUCCAGGAAUAAAGAAAAAUUCAAGAGUUGGCCUUUCAAAAGAAUAA